AUGGGUAUAUGUAAGACCUUUGGUGCUCAAUGUGGAGGAAUAACUAUGCGAUUAAAUGUUUCUGCAGUUCAAAAACUUGAACUCGAUGUUGCUGCAAAACAAGAUACUCAACUUAUUGAAAAGAACCUUGUAAAGAAGUGCAUUGAGGUGUUAUUUGAAAUUGUAGGGAACGAGUUCUAUGAAGCCUUCUCUAAGAACUUGAAGUACGUUUUCAGCUUGGACGGCCCCAACAAUUUUGCAAGGAGAGUCCAUAGGAUGCUUAAGUUUGGUCUGAGCAUCAAUGAAGAUGAGGCAGCAAACAAUAUACCUCCGCUUGAGGAGGAUAGCUAUGAGGAGAGCAAGAUGGAAGAAGUUGACUAUGAAAUUGGCACAUGA